UCUUCAACCCCUCUCUCCUGUUGGCUUACUAAAAGUUAUUCAUUCGGACGAACAUGGCAGAUGACAGCGUGAAUGUCGACUCUAUUAUCCAGCGUCUGUUGGAAGUGCGUGGCUCGCGACCCGGGAAGGAGGUACAGCUCCAGGAGAACGAGAUCCACUGGUUGUGCGUGACAGCGCGUGAGAUCUUUAUCAGCCAGCCGAUCCUGCUUGAGCUCGAGGCGCCGAUUAAGAUCUGCGGAGAUAUCCAUGGACAGUACUACGACCUGCUCCGAUUGUUCGAGUACGGCGGGUUCCCGCCAGAGGCGAACUACCUGUUCCUGGGCGACUACGUCGACCGCGGCAAGCAGUCGCUGGAGACAAUAUGCCUUCUGCUGGCGUACAAAAUCAAGUACCCAGAGAACUUUUUCAUUCUGCGCGGCAACCACGAGUGCGCGAGCAUCAACCGGAUCUACGGGUUCUACGACGAGUGCAAGCGGCGGUACAACAUUAAGCUGUGGAAGACAUUCACGGACUGCUUCAACUGCCUGCCUAUUGCAGCGAUUAUCGACGAGAAGAUCUUCUCGAUGCACGGCGGCCUGUCGCCGGACCUGAUCAGCAUGGACCAGAUCAAGCGGGUGAUGCGCCCGACCGACGUGCCGGACACCGGACUGCUGUGCGAUCUCCUGUGGUCGGACCCCGACAAGGACAUCAACGGCUGGAGCGAGAACGACCGCGGCGUAUCGUUCACGUUUGGCCCCGACAUUGUGUACAAGUUCCUGCAGCGGCACGACCUAGACCUGGUGUGCCGUGCUCACCAGGUCGUCGAAGAUGGCUAUGAAUUCUUUGCAAAGAGGAAACUGGUCACGCUGUUCUCUGCACCCAACUACUGCGGAGAGUUUGACAAUGCCGGAGCCAUGAUGUCAGUCGAUGAUACGCUGAUGUGCUCGUUCCAGAUCUUGAAGCCGGCGGAGAAGAAGCCCAGGGGUGGCCGACGCCGUUAA